CGUGGUAACAGCAUUAAAAACAGCUCGGCUAAACCUGAGUAGCUUCUGCGGGAAGGAUAAACUGCGCCUAAAGUCUGGAGGUUUGUCGUCGAGGAUAUUUCACCGCCACUGAGGUUGACCCCGGUGCCAUUUAAAGCCGGUUCUGUUGGCGGGUUCGGAACCGGUCAGGAUGUCCAGUGACCUCGCUGGUGUGUGGGAGGUGGCGCUGAGCGACGGAGUCCACAGGAUCGAGUUUGAACAUGGGACAACCACCGGGAAAAGAGUCAUCUCUGUGGACGGAAAGGAGGUUCUGAGGCGGGACUGGAUGUUCAAACUGGUCGGGAAGGAGACGUUCAGCGUGGGCCAGGCGGACACCAAAGCCACCAUCAACAUCGACGCGGUCAGCGGCUUCGCCUACGAAUACACGCUGGAGAUCAACGGCAAGAGCUUGAAGCAGUACAUGGAGAACAGGUCAAAGGUCACCAGCACCUGGCUGCUCAACCUGGACGGCAUCGACUGCAGGGUGGUUCUGGAGAAAGACACCAUGGACAUUUGGUGCAAUGGAGAGAAGAUUGAAACUGCUGGCGAGUUCGUGGACGACGGCACGGAGACGCAUUUCUCCGUGGGAGACCACAGCUGCUGCGUGAAAGCCGUGAGCAGCGGGAAGCGGCGAGACGGCAUCAUUCACACGCUGCUGGUGGACGGCACAGAGGUCGCCGAGUGCACCGAGUGACCCGGUUCGGCCCGGACUCGGUCUGUCAGACUGGAAAAGUUUCCUUUAAAAUGGCUGCCGCGGCGCCAGCGGGCCACUCUGGGCACAGAUAAACGCCAUAGAGUCUUUUUAGUGGCAGACAGAGAUUCAGCGUCUCUAAAGGUUUACAUUAAUAUUGAUGAUGUAAUUUAUAAGUGAAACGGUUCUGCUUCAGCCUUUCUGGUGGAAACCAGGAACCUCUGUGGUUUCAUGUUGAGUUAUUGUCUGCUUAAUUUAUGGGACCAAUCAGCUGCUGCAGAAGGAAUCAAGGCCCCUGCUGAUCGCUGCGACUGUUUCAGACAAUCAUACUGAUUAGUUACACUGCAAAAACAGAAAACAACACCAGCUAAUGUACCGAGAUAGUUUCUAGUGGCAGGAUGUAAGAUAUCGGUUUAGGGUCAUUGCAAAAAAAAAAAAAAUCAACAGCCAAUCUGUGAAGAAAAG